AUGUUUGAUCCUACAAUUAUGAAGAAUAUUUACGGUUGGUGUUUGACAAAUAAACAGCUGCUGCUCUUUGACGAAUUGAAAGAAUUAGAAGCGCAACCAACAUGGGUCCUGAACCAGCUUAUUAAAAAAAAUAUCGCCUGGCAAGAUAUUAAUGCUGGUCACUCCGGUGCGGAAAAGCUGGUAGAACAAAAAUUGCACGAUGAAAUGUUGCAGAAACCACAGGGACAGCAGCUCGGAAUGCAGUCUACUACUCAACUUCAUGCAAGUUCGCAGUCGUCUGCUUCGCAGUCAUGGCUGACAGAAAUUGCUACGGACAGCCAGCGUUCGACUCCUGCCGAGAGGCAACUGCAUUUCAGGUCACAGGAUCCAGAACUGCCGCCACUGAAAAUGCCGUAG